CAUUCCGUGGGGACAUUGUAACAUUUUAGUUUCUAGACAUGAAAAAGAACCUGGGGUUUAGCCUUUUAAUCGAGGAAAAAAAUAGCUCUCACCUAAGUAGCUAAAUAUGGAGCAAUUUUCUGACAAAGAAUUAGCCUCGCAACGCGCCGACACUGAAUCCGAAAUGCCAACUUUGUCCAAAAACCAGAAUUCCUCGGCGCAGUUGUUGGCGGACAGCGCGGCGGCGGAACGACGGCUGCGUGAGGCGGAGGAGCGAUUGAGGGAGGCCAUAGAGGAGCUCCAGAGGCGUCAGAGGACAGCAGCGAGUGGUGAUCAGCCGCCAUGCGAUCACGCUGACGACUCCUGCGUGGCUCACGCCAUUGGCAAUCUUUGCCAAAGCUUUCUCCUUUCUUAUGGUGUUAGAGUAGGCGUAGGGAUUCUUCUUCGCGCUUUCAAGCUCGCCAGAGGGCAGUCUUAUUCUUCGCUUCUUGAUCUCAAGCAACUUGUGUCGGAGAAAGAUUUGAUUGUAAGAGAGGAAGCAUGCCGGGUUGGUUUACUUUUCGGUGGCUUCACAGGAUCAUACCAUGCUCUUCGAUGUUCACUAAGAAAACUGAGAAAGAAAGAGACACCAGUGAAUGCAAUAUUAGCAGGUUCAAUUGCGGGGUUGUCUGUUUUAGCUAUAGAUGAUUCAAACCGAAGGCGGACGCUCGCUCUCUAUCUUUUGGCUAGAGUGGCCCAGUGCGCUUACAAUUCUGCCAAGUCAAAAAAUAAGUUUCACUUAUGGGGAAGCCAUUGGAGGCAUGGCGAUUCUCUGCUUUUUGCUUUAGCAUGUGCUCAGGUCAUGUAUGCAUUCGUGAUGCGCCCCGAAAGCUUGCCGAAUUCAUAUCAAGAUUUUAUUCAUAAGACGGGUCCUGUUGCAGCUCCUGUAUAUAAGGCUGUAAGGGAGAACUGUAGAGGUGGUCCGGUAGAUGUUGCUUCUAUAUCGGCCUACUUAUAUAGCCUAGGGAAGUCUGAUAAUUUGAAGUUGGAAAAGUUCCCAUCUAUUAUUCCUUGUUCUGUUAUUCAUCCUGACACAAAUUCUUGUCUAGCACACAAUGCUAAAGCAUCAUCGACUACCUUCCGCAAAACAUUUCCGCUCUACUUCUCCCUGACUUUUGUGCCAUUCGUUGUUCUUCACCUACAACAGUUUAUGAAAACCCCUUCUCGUACCUGUUGGCUUGCUGUUAAAGAUGCCGUUCAAUCAACAAGUUUCUUAGCUGCAUUUGUUGGAAUCUUUCAGGGGGUUAUUUGUAUGCAUAGAAAGAUUGCAUCCAAAGACCACAAGCUGGUAUAUUGGGUGGCUGGUGCUUUAUCUGCUCUUUCUGUAUUGCUGGUGAAAAAAUCUAGACGCAGCGAACUUGCUCUAUAUGUUCUUCCACGAGCCACAGAAUCGUUGUGGUAUAUUUCAGUAAAUCGGCACCUUCUUCCUGAUGUUAAAAAUUCUGAGGUGGCGUUAUUUUGUGCAUGCAUGGGAGGAAUCAUGUACUACCUAGAAUAUGAACCAGAUAGCAUAGCACCAUUCCUUAAGGGUCUUAUCCGCCGGUUCCUAUCUAGCAGAAUAAGCAACCCCGGCAGUUCAUUUGAUCGGACAGCUUCCUACACCUACUUGCAGACUCUUGAUGCCAUGAAGAAGCCAAAACCAGAGGAUAAUCCAGAGCUUGAUACUUCAGCUCCUAAACAAUACAGUCUUGAGUCUAUACAGGGGCUCUAAUCCCCCUGAAUUUCACUUUGCUCAAACCAAUCGUUGAAAUUUAUAUUCAUUUCUUGCUAUAUAUAAACUUGUAGAACAAUACGCAAGGGGGGAUUAAAAAGAUGAUUCAAUGCCGUAUAGGCAAAUAACUGAAGUAGAGGGAUUUGUUUUUGGUUCCGAAUGUCGGAUCCCUCACACCAUCAUAGCAUGUAAUCUAAUCUGUACUCCCCCGUAGGAACAAUUCUUCUUAUUGAAGAUAUAUGUCGAGAGGGGAAGACACGUUAUGGUGAUAAAAAUAAAGAUUGUGCAAAUAAUAUCAGUUGCUGUCUAUUCUACCCAA